AUGUCUUCCAAACACGAAUACACACACCUUGAAGAGGGGAUUUUCGAUGAGACGAAUGAAGAGUCGAUCAUUGACGAGCCGCCGCCGGCAUACAACUCUGUCUUUAACGAAGACCAACUGUUAUUACCACCAACCACCAGGAAUUCCUGGCGGGACUCUAUUCUAAUCGAAGAUAUCGGUCGUUUUAGCAUAGAUUUAAGCGCCGGGGCUCGCACAUCUGCGCUAAUCCAAUCAUUUUCACUACCCACUCAACGACCACAAGUUAUCGAUAUUCCGGCCAUCAAUCCCGGCCCAAAUUCACCUGUCAGAAGCACUGAUUGUGCUGCUAGGAUCUCAGUUGAGACCCCCGAAAUCCCACUUGAUAUUAUUCUGAUGCUCGUGGGAAGCAGAGAUGAGAUCAAAUCCAUCAUCUUGGUUGGCCAGGAGCUCCAAAAACAUGGGCAUCGAGUUAGAGUCGCUACACAUUCGCUUUUCCAAUCGUUCGUCCUUCGAGCCGGAUUGGAAUUUUUCUCAAUCAGCAGCGACCCAGAGCAUCCUAUUGCGACAAAAGAUUCAGGUUUUAUGCCCGAGCUUAGCAGUCAUAGCAGACCCGAGGUCCUGAAGAAUAGUAAACUUCUUCUAAACACACUCAAGGAAUGUUGGAAUGCCUGUGUCCAGCCCGGUUCACACGAUAACAAACCAUUCGUCGCGGAUGCCAUCAUUGCAACGCCCCUUGCACAUGCCCACGUCCAUUGUGCUGAGAUGCUUUCCAUCCCACUCCAUAUAUUCUCUAACAGCCCCUGGACACCAACGAGACGAUUCGUACAUCCGCUAGCACAUAUCGAGACGGGGAGUGAGAUUGAUUAUCAGCUUCAAAAUUAUCUUUCAUAUCUGCUUGUUGGCGAAUCGGUCUGGCAUGAGGUCUAUUAUGUCGUCGAUCAUUUCCGACAAGCAGUUCUAGGGUUACCGCAAAUGCCUCUGUUCGAUGGAGCAAAUAUUAUGAGGGACCUCAAGAUUCCUCACACUUAUCUGUGGUCCGCGGGGUUGCUUCCAAAACCAGAGGACUGGGACGAGACCAUUGAUAUCUCAGGCUACCCCACCGUAGAAAGCCCAUCUUUCUAUACCCCCUCGGAAGAAUUGAAAGUAUUCCUCAAAUCCGCAGUGGAACCUGUCUUGGUCUUACUGGAUAUCACCCAGUUGAACGAACCGGCUAGAUUGGUCCAAUAUCUCUUCGAAGCCUCAGAGAAAUAUGGAAUCUAUUUCCUUCUGCCAAGUAGGUUUGGAAAGGACAUUCAGAUUCUUACAUCGCCGAAGAUCUUUGUGCUAGAUGGUGUUCCAAAUGAAUGGAUCAUUUCCAAGAUUGCCGUGUUGUUGACCAGUGGCGACAUCACAACCAUUAAACAGGGUGUCAGAUAUGGGAAACCAAUGCUAUCACUACCAGUCCUUCGAGACCAACCGUUCUGGGCAUCAACAAUCUACAACGCAGGCCUGGGUCCAUCUCCCCUCCGGGAGAAAGCUCUAUCUAGCGAAAAAAUUGUCGAAGCCUUCCGGUAUUGCUUACGGCCUGAUGUUAAGCAAGUCACUUCAAGGCUAGGCCAGCAAAUUCAGAGGGAGAAUGGCACUGUCCGAUGCAGUGAUACCGAGACGGAGCCCGUAGUUUAUCGCAUGCAAUUGAAGCCAUCGAUUAAAAGAAAAGUUGAUACUGAGGAGGUGGUCCUAUCAACAAGAGGAGGCGGGCCUGUGGGACCGGAUGAGAGACCUUUCCACACUGCUCUAAAUGAAGCACCCGAGCCCAUCGAAGAAUUCAAGAGCACCUUCUUUGUUGACGCCAAAGGCGUGUCCAAAAGUUUGAUUAAAGCUAUUAUCAAACCAACCGUCUCACACAUCGCAGAUGCGCAUAAGAAACGCGAGGCUCACAAUCAUUUACCCGUGACGACGGCCUCAAAGUUGGAGCAAUCAGGAGCCAAAACGGGCAUGGCUUUGAAGGUAGCGAGGAACGUAGGCUUUGGGUCGGCGGUCGCUUGUGGGAAAAUUGCGAUGUUGCCCUUCAAGACGGUGUGGUAUAUGAGCGAGACGGCAUCAUAUGGAGUGCGAGCCUUGAAGGGGCGCCCGGAAGGGAAACGUGAGGUUUGGAAUGUCGAAGAGAAGGAGAAUGUGGAUAGCAAUAAGAAGUCUCCAGAUUUCGAUGAAGGUAAAGUUCUGACCUUUGGAAGCUUGGAGGAGCCCAUUACUAAUGAUUCAUGUGUUGUCACAGUGUGUGAUACAGACCUCAAUAUCGCCUUGGGCCAAGACGAUGCUUAUAUUCGUGCAAUCACAGCAUCGAGAAUGGCGCAGGGAUCUCAUACUACAACUCAGCCUAGCGAUGAUGACAGGUCCUCACUUGGAUCCCGUCGGUCGGCUGCUCUAGCUCUUGAUGGCAAAAGAGAGUAG